AUGCUGCUCUGCUUCGGACCUUGGAGCGGUCAGGCGUUCCAGUACCCAGAAGUGUUCCGGAGCCAGACAGUAGUUUUCAAGGGCGCCAUUGGGAGGCAGCCAAGCGGAGGCCUUCGCAGCCAGGGAGCCAUUGGGAGACAGUCAAGCGGAGCCCUUGGCAGCCAGUGCUUCAUCGGUGUCAGCCAGCAGCAGUCCCUGCAGCAAGCCCCAAUCGGGGUCGUCCUCGAGCCAGCAGCCCUCUACGGCAUUGGAGUCGUGGAGCAGUCCCAGCAGGUUGCGACGGCAUCGCCGGCACAGCAGGCGGCACCGCCAGGCGAAGUGGUGAUCUCACAGGGCAGCCAAAGUGUCACCCUCCAAACCACUCGGCAGCAGCCCAUCGUGGUGGUCUUCCCACAGCGAGGGAGCCCGUCAGCCUCACCAGAGAGCCCAUCUCCAUUGCCGGACAGCCCAUCUCCAAGUCCAGAAAGCCCCUCGCCUUCAAUCGACAGCCCCUCGCCCGACAGCCCACCGCCGUCGCCUGACAGCCCGUCUCCGGAGAGCGCAUCUCCGGAGACCUCGCCGUCGCCUGACAGCCCGUCUCCGGAGAGCGCAUCUCCGGAGACCUCACCGUCGCCAUCAGGCAGCCCAGCUCCUGACAACCCCUCACCAUCACCGGACAGCCCGUCACCAUCGCCUGAUAGCCCAUCGCCUGACAGCCCAUCUCCAGACAGUCCGCCUCCGGAGAGCCCAUCUCCGUCAGCAGACAGUCCAUCUCCUGAUAGCCCCUCGCCAUCACCUGAGACCCCUUCGCCUGACAGCCCAUCUCCAGACAGUCCGCCUCCGGAGAGCCCAUCUCCGUCAGCCGACAGUCCGUCUCCUGAUAGCCCCUCGCCAUCACCUGAGACCCCUUCGCCUGACAGCCCUUCACCUGACAGCCCAUCACCAUCGCCAGACAGCCCACCGCCGUCAGCAGACAGUCCAAGUCCUGACAGUCCAUCACCGCAGCCAGACAGCCCAUCACCGGGCAGCCCAUCCUCUGACAGCCCAUCACCAUCACCAGAGAGCCCACCGCCUGACAGCCCAUCGCUGUCACCAGGGGGAGAUGGGAGCCCUCCUUCCCCUUCGGAGAGCCCCUCGCCCUCGCCAGACAGCCCCUCUCCAUCCCCAGACAGCCCUGCUUCCUCGCCGGCUGAUGGAGCGAGCCCGGCUGGUGCGCCUGAAACAGCAGCGGUCAGCCCGUCGCCGGGGAGCGAGUCGCCCCAGCCCAUUGUCAUCACCCAGGGAGGCCAGACGAUCACUGUUCAGAGCAGGGGCGCGCCAGGCAGCUCAGGGGAGCAGCAGCAGCCUGUUGUGGUUGUCUUUCCGCAGCAGCCGGGCCCAGGGCCGGAGCAGAGCCCAACGGGCGACACCACGCAGCUGAGCAGGGGCGGAUUGGGUGCCACAUCCCUUCCUUUGUCGGUGGAUCAAGGUGCUGCUGGUGGAGGGAGUGGGCAGGCGUUGCCGCCGGUGAGCACGGCAACAGUGGUGUCCCAGAACCUGUCCUCGCAGGCGCAGCUUCUGGCGGACACUGUGUUCAAGCCGACACCAGACGCGGCCAACAGCAGGGUGCCACCGAGCUCCCCGGUGUCUGCCAAUUUUUUGAAGGACGCACCUUCUAGUGUGGAGACUUUUUCGCUGGGGCAGCUUGCGCGGUCGCCCGGCCCAAAUGCAGGGGGAAGGAGACUCUCACGAAGGUUGUGA